AUGAAUUCAAUAAUAUUAACAAAACUAUGUUUAUAUUCUCUAUCUGUGUUGACGUUACUCCAAUAUUCUUUGUGUUUGAAUAUAGAAAGCAGAGAAAAUAAUACAAUAUUAUCAAGACGAAAAAGAUUUCUUAUAUUCCCAGAAGGCAGUUCCCUUCAAUUAGUAUUUUGCGUUACAUACCCGGUGCUGACUUCAAUAGGUGACAUAUUUCUCUGGGGCAACACGGCUGCCUUAGCAUACGAACUGCCACAAGAUCCUUAUUCCCCUUUUAAUCAUAAAGCCGACCCUCUUCACAGACGGAUGGAUACAAACACCAUAUAUUUUACGGAUUAUGAUGGAAAAAUAAUAUACAAGAAACCAUAUGUGAAAAAGUUUAUUGUAAACCCAGCAUUUGCGAAGCGUAGCGUGGACGAAUACGAAAAGGUAUCCUCCGAAUAUAAAAUACGAAAGAAACAGAUGCACGCCUCAAAACACACAAGAACGUUUCUGAAGGAACAUUUGGGAAACAUCGACUUUCAUAGAAUCAGUAGAGCGUCGCUUUAUCAACGGAUUGAGACACUUUUGCAAGGACUCGGUUCUGAUGGAAGAAAUUGCGUUUUGAAAGUAUUAUGUGUGAUAGGACAGUCACAGAAUGAUAGCCAAGGUGCAUUCUUACAUGAAAUUAUGAGAGCCGUAUUCACAAUACCAAAAGGCACGACAUCCGGUGAUAUUGAUGAGGAGUACGACAUAGCGCACACAGCCUCCGAGCCUUGUCAUAAGCUUUACCCGAACUGUUAA